GUGGUGCUUUAGCAGUUAAGAUGGAAACAAAGAGUUUAAAUCGUAUAAUCUUUAAAAAGGGAGAAGUAAACACUACAAAACAGAAUAUUGGCAGAACUGCUAGACGAUAUAUCAAAGAUGGAUUUACAACAUUUAUUGAUGCUAAAUGGAGAUGGACUAUAAUGACAUUUACAUGCUUUUAUAUGACAUCAUGGACUUUUUAUGCAGUCCUGUGGUAUUCAAUGGCACUUGCACGUGGUGAUAUAUCUUAUUAUACCAAAUGGCUUGCUGCUGGUGAUAAGGAGCAAUUUGAGACAGAUAAUCCAUAUACUCCUUGUGUUAGACACCUUUAUUCCUUCACGUCAGCCUUUUUAUUUUCCAUUGAAACACAACACACAAUAGGCUAUGGAUUUCGACAUGUAACGGAAGAGUGUAUAGGAGGUCCUGUUCUUGUAGCCGCACAAAGCAUUUUCGGAACUCUUCUACAGUGCUUCUUAAUGGGUGGUAUUGUUGCCAAAUUAGCACGUCCCAAAAAGAGGGCACAAAACAUCAUAUUCUCGAAAAAUGCUGUUAUUUGUCAUCGUGAUGGCACACCUUAUCUUAUGUUUCGUGUGGCUGAUACUCGAAAAAGCUAUAUUGUUCAAGCAACUGUUAAAGCUCGAAUUAUCAGAAAAAGAAUGACAAGGGAAGGCGAAUUGAUUAAUUUUUAUCAGCAAGAUUUAUCAUUAACGACAGACGAAUGCGAUGAUCGAGUUUUAUUGAUGUGGCCUACGAUAAUCACGCAUAAGAUUGAUGCUAAGAGUCCACUUUAUGAACUUUCAUCAAUAGAUUUACAACGGCAACAAUUUGAGAUUAUUGUAAUGCUUGAAGGUGGUGUUGAAUCUACAGGACUUGCUGCUCAAGCUAGAACUUCUUAUUUACCAUCUGAGAUUCUUUGGGGUCAUCGAUUCCAAAAUGUUGUAACUUACGAAGAAAGUUCAAAUGAAUAUCAUAUCGACUAUGAUUUGUUCCAAAAUACGAUCAAGGUUGAAGGAUCUCCGAUCUGUUCGCCAAGGCAACUGGAUAGAAACUUCAACACAAACAUAAUUCAGACAUACAAUGAUGAAAUAGCUCUUAGACCAGCAGUUUACCUUAAUGGAAAUGCUAAACCAAUUGUGUGACGAAAGCUUUUAUGGACAUUUCCGUUCAUAGAACCAAUGCAGGCUGAUUUCUUAACAAUAAAAUAAUUUUACUUUGUUUUAAUUUUUCU